AUGAAUGGGUUUGAAGAUGACUUUGAGGAAGUAGUUGGUGUAGGUGUUACUAGUGAAAUUGGGAGUCCACCUGUUACAAAUAAUGAUGUCCCUAAUGAACCAGACAAUAACAUGUUUAUUACAGAAGAGAUGGGCAAGGCACAUGUAAUCGAGGAGGAAUACAUGACAGAUGAAUUGGAUAAUGGAGCUGAUGAUGAAAGUGGUGAUGAUAGACCAUGUGUUAUAAGAUUCAAUGCAGAGGAUGCUUUUAGUAAAGAUUUUGUUUUUAAAGUUGGAAUGGAGUUUUGUUCACUUAGGCAGUUUAAAGAUGCUAUACUAGAGCACAAUGUUCUUAAUGGGAGGGAUGUAAAGUUUGAAAAGAAUGAUGCCAAUAGAUGUAGGGUUGUAUGUAAGGAUAGGGAGAAGUGUGACUACACUGUGCUAUGUAGUAGAGUCCUAACAUCCACUACUUUUAGGAUUAAAACCUUGUAUUCUAAGCACAAGUGUGGAAGACAAUUCUUUAAUAAAAAUGCUAAAGCUGAGUGGGUGGCUAAGGUAAUUGUGGAUGGGUUGAAGAACACCAAAAAUAUGAAUUUGAAUGAUGUGGUAAUAGAUGUUAGACUUAGAUAUGCAACAGAAAUCCCAGGUUAUAGGGCAUUCAAGGCAAGGCAGAUUGCUAGACAGAUUGUGGAAGGUGACUCUAGUAAGCAAUUCAACCUCCUUUGGUCUUAUGAUGCUGAGUUAAGAAGGGCAUCCCCAGGGAAUACAUUCAAACUCAACACAACAUAUUCUGGUGAAGGGUCAAAUCCAAGAUUUGAGAGGUGUUAUAUGUGUUUUGAUGGGACUAAGAUGACAUUAAAAAAAGCAUGCAGACCUUUCAUUGGAUUGGAUGGAUGUCACUUGAAGCACAAGUCUGGUGGAAUUCUGCUCAUUGCUGUAGGAAGAGAUCCAAAUGAUCAGUACUUGCCAAUUUCAUUUGGAGUUGUAGAAAAUGAAUCAAAAGACACUUGA